AUGCGCCAACUUCAAGACAGGGCGGCGCUGAUGCAGUUCGCGGACGCGGAGAUUGGUUGGUUGCCCGACAUGUUCACCGAUAUGCUCGCUAGCAAUCGCGUCAGAAAGACCUGCGCGGGCUACGACGGGUCUGGCAGGAGCAAGCUCCAGAACAACUACAACUUCGAGCCCGAUGGCGUUGUGGGCCAUCCAACUUAUACGCUGGACUCUGGCGAUCCGGUCGUGCCGACUCGCCGGCCUCCCCGGAUUGCCUCGCUGCUGCAGUGCACGGGCAAGCCCUCUGGGAAGCGGCUGUUCGAUCAGGUGGCCGCGAGGCGCAAGGUGGACGAGGAGGGCGGCCCCGAGCUGCUGCUGGAGAGCCUUGCGGCCGCGCUGGCGGAGCCCGGCGCCGCCCUGGCGGACCUGGACCUGGCGCAGAACGGCAGCCUCGCCCCCGAGCACUUCGAGACGCUGUUCGACACUAUCGUAACGACGGACGUCCCGGUGGCGAAACUGCGCCUCUUCGGCUGCCCGAGGUUCAACGACGAGGCCGCCGCACACCUGGCGCAGCUGCUGGCGCUGGCCACGCCGGAGACGGCCCCGGCCGAGCUGCACCUGUCCGACUGCGCCAUCACCACCGCCGGCUUCCUCGCCCUGAUGCGCGCGGUCGAGGAGGGCGACGUCUACCCGCUCGUCAGAGGGCCGACGGAGACGCAGCCGCUGUUCCUGCGCUGCGAGCGCAACUUCAUCGACGAGGCCGUCAUCGAGGAGAAGAUCGGCGCUGGCGUCAUCCGCGCAACCUCGGGCACCCAGAGCAGGAGGGAGUCCGACCCUGCGGUCCGGGUGCACCUCUUCACCGUCGGAGGCAAGUCUGCCCAGCUGGCGGGCGAGCCCGCGGACCUCGCGGCGCAGGCUGCCGCCGCCGCCGCGGCGCGCCAGGGCCGGAAGCGGGGCAGUGACGCCAUGGGCGCGGAGCGGGGCGAGGACGCGGCGCCCACGUCGAAGAGGUCCAAGAAGCGCAGGGGCAGAAAGGCCCAGCCGCAGGCGGCGCCGUCCCAGGCCGCGCGGACGGCAGCGCCCCAGAUGCUGCCCCCGCCCAGGAUGGAGCAGCCAGCGUCGGCUGGAGGCGCGCGGCCGAGGGGCGGCAUUCGGCGGCCCUCGCGCGGGGGCCCUCGGCGGCCCUCGGCGACUCUCGCUCGGCUGCCCUUCGGCGGCCUUCGGCGGCCGCCAGCGACCCUCGGCAGCCAUCGCGCAGCUGCCUUCGAGGGCACUCGGCGGCCCUCGCUCGGCGGCCCUCGGCGGUCCCAACCUGUGUUUCACGGUGUGCUACGAUGCGGAUCUGCCGAUGGACGGGUGCAAGGGCCCCCCGACGGCCAUAUGCCGAGUGCGCGAUGA